UUCUCCUCCCAGACAGACCCUGCCCUUUCCUUUCUGUCGCCUAGUCUGUGUGCACUCUGCUGUAAAAGACUGAGACACUGACAAUGGGAGGACUCGUCCACAGCCUGCAAUCCUGACCCUCCACACUCCGUCCUGCUGGGAAUUCAUGUUAAGCGCCCCCCUCCCUGCUGCCUUUGAAUGUCCGUCACCAUGGCCAAGCGUGAGACCAGCAGCCCUGUGGUCAGGCAGAUAGACAAGCAGUUCCUGGUCUGCAGCAUCUGCUUGGAUCGUUAUCACAACCCUAAGGUUCUGCCCUGCCUGCACACCUUCUGUGAGAAAUGUCUGCAGAACUACAUACCCCCACAGUCCUUGACGCUGUCUUGCCCAGUCUGCAGACAGACAUCUAUAUUGCCAGAGAAAGGUGUGGCAGCUCUGCAGAACAACUUCUUCAUCACAAACCUAAUGGAGGUGUUGCAGAGAGACCCAGAGUGCAGCAGACCUGAGGCCUGCAAUGUUCUGGAGUCAGCCAGUGCAGCUACAGGCUGUCAGCCACUCUCAUGUCCAAAUCACGAAGGAAAGGUGAUGGAGUUCUACUGCGAGUCAUGUGAAACCGCCAUGUGUCUGGAAUGUACAGAGGGAGAACAUAGGGAGCAUGUGACAGUUCCUCUGAGGGAUGUCCUGGAACAGCACAAGUUGGCACUGAAGAAUCAGCUGGACACUGUUCGCAACAGACUACCUCAGCUGACAGCUGCCAUUGGGCACGUCAAUGAAAUCUCCAAGCAGCUGUCAGAGCGCAAAAAUGAGGCCGUGACUGAAAUCAGCAGCACGUUCGACGAGCUGGAGAAGGCCUUACACCAACGCAAGACUGCGCUCAUCACCGAGGUGGAAAACAUCUGCAGUAAUAAACAGAAGGUUCUUCAAGCACAGUUGACAUCUCUGCUUCAGGGUAAAGAAAAUAUUCAGAGCAGCUGCAACUUCACAGAGCAGGCCCUGAGUCAUGGCAGUGCUACUGAGGUCCUGCUGGUCCAGAAGCAAAUGGGCGAGCGGGUCAGUGCGCUGGCACGCCACAGUUUUCCUGAACAUCCCCAUGAAAAUGGACACCUGGAAUGCCAGGUUGAGACGGACGGACUGAGGCGCUCCAUCCAGAACCUGGGCGUGUUGAUUACCACCGGGGCCGUGGGCCAUACCAGUGUCGCCACCGGUGAGGGCCUGCGCCACGCCCUCGUCGGCCAACACACCACUAUCACAGUCACUACAAAAGACAAGGAUGGAGAACUGGUGAAGAGCGGCAACGCUGCGCUCAGGGCUGAGAUCAUGUCUGCAGAUGGAGCUUGUGUUGAAGCCGAGGUCGUCGACAACAAGAACGGCACGUACGAGGUGGGCUACACCAUCCGCACAGAGGGAGAGUACACCUUCUCCCUGCUGCUGUACGAGCAGCCGGUGAGGGGGAGUCCGUUCCGCCUGCGAGCUGUCAAACCCUCUGAUGUCCUUCAGUCACCAGAAGAUGUGAAGAGGAGAGUCAAGUCUCCCAGUGGAGGAGGUGGUCACGUUCGACAGAAGGCUGUGCGAAGGCCUUCCAGCAUGUACAGCACUACCAAGAAGAAAGAGAACCCCAUAGAGGACGAGCUGAUCUACAGAGUGGGAACAAGAGGACGUGAUAAAGGAGAAUUCACGAACUUACAAGGCAUUUCAACGUCCAGCAACGGCAGGAUUGUUGUGGCCGACAGCAACAACCAGUGCAUACAGGUGUUUUCUAAUGAUGGCCAAUUUAAAAUGAGGUUCGGUGUCAGAGGUCGUUCACCAGGGCAGCUGCAGCGGCCCACAGGGGUCACGGUGGACAUGAACGGUGACAUCAUUGUAGCCGACUACGACAACAGAUGGAUCAGCAUCUUCUCCUCCGAUGGAAAGUUCAAGAGCAAGAUUGGUGCAGGGAGACUGAUGGGACCCAAAGGCGUGGCUGUGGACAAGAAUGGACAUAUCAUCACAGUGGACAAUAAGGCCUGCUGCGUCUUUGUCUUCCAAUCAAAUGGGAAGUUGGUGACAAAGUUUGGGGCCAGAGGAACUUCAGACAGACACUUUGCAGAGAAAAGUGGUGCAAACAUUGCACUGGAACAAAAGCUUAGUAAAUCUGGCCCUGUUUUCAGUCCUCACUUUGUGGCUGUGAACAACAAAAAUGAAAUUGUGGUGACAGACUUCCACAAUCACUCAGUAAAGGUGUACAAUGCUGACGGAGAGUUCCUGUUUAAAUUUGGCUCUCAUGGAGAAGGGAACGGACAGUUCAACGCCCCGACGGGCGUGGCAGUGGACACCAAUGGAAACAUUAUUGUUGCAGACUGGGGGAACAGCCGGAUCCAGGUGUUUGACAGCUCAGGGUCCUUCCUGUCCUACAUCAACACAUCAGCUGACCCUCUGUACGGCCCCCAGGGCCUGGCCCUGACGUCUGAUGGACACGUGGCCGUAGCCGACUCUGGAAACCACUGCUUUAAGGUUUACCGCUACCUGCAGUAGAUAUGCGAGGCAGCAUCGUCACCAGUAUAAUCCACAGCUCAUCUACAGGCUGAAACUAAGUGUUUGAACCUGACUUUCCUCUCUCCACUGUACCUAUACUCAACGAUGGGUGAUGUAGUGUCUUUAGGACAAGUGAUGGACAUGCAAAGGUGGACUUGUUUAGAGAAGACGCGCUGACACCUGCCGAUGGUGUCAUCACACCAGAUUUGUGCCGUGAGUCUGGUCUGGGUAGGAGAAAGAAUGAAGUAUUGAAUGAGCCAUAACUCAUCCAGAUGCAUGAAUUCUUCAUUUAUAUUGAUUGCUAGGCGGGACACAGUGUACCCAUCAGACGCUUCUCUCAUCAACUAUUUAAUGCUUACAGUGAAACCAACAGCAGUACGCUUUUUUUAGCAGAAAAAUGUAAAACAUUUGUCACCACCGUCUGUGCAUUGAUUUGCUGUAUGUACUGUAUAUACAUGAAUGUAUAUUGUGUAUAUUAGAUUGUUCAGUAUGUAUGUGCUUCGAUUCUCAAACAGCCAUUUGGCCAUUCAGAGGAGCAGCCGCGGAGGACUGCAGGAUUUUAAAUGUGUGUCUGGCAGCUGUUUAUAACAAAGAGCUUUUUAAAAACAUACCCAGCACAUGCUACAAAGAAGAAAUGACUCAUAUUUAAUGACAAUGUAAGCAGCACAAUUCAUUUUUGUUAAUAUUUCUUUUUGAAAGGGAAGACAACAUUUUUUAAAAUGCUAAUUUAUUUUAUUUUAUACCUACUGGUCAGCAUUUAUAGAUUAUUUUUCUAAACUAAAGUGCUUUCUGUUCUUUCUUUCUUUCUUUCUUAACAAGGUUAUGAAACAAUUUCCCUCAAAGCAAAAUUCCAUCUGGCAGAAUUUAGAAUUCCUAAUCACACAAAACAUCUGGAAUUUUUUUGCAAUCUUAAUGUUGUGCAAAUGUAAUUUGUCAGAUUCCUGGUGGCCAGAGAUGGACAGUAUUAUAGAAUUUGCCCUCAACAUUGAAAAUAACGACAAAAUCAUCUCAGGAAAAUUCCCAUUUCCCCCUGCAGGUAUAUUCUGAGCAUUUCAGGCUGGAAAAUAACUGAGAUUAAUAAUGGAUUCUGUUUCACCAUUCUUGUUUGUUUUUAUCUUUUUACAAAACACUUUUUACAUCAUAAUUUAACUGAUAACAUCUGCCAGCAAACAUACCUUUGUUUCCCUUCACUGUCUGUUCUCAGUUUGUUUCAACGAAAGGCUGUUUUUCACUGUAGUAACAGAACAGGAUCUUUCUCAGCAGCGCCGUUGAUGCUCCCCCUGGCGUUCAUUAUGUAUUGUAUUGUCCUAAAGGUUCCUGGUGCCAUGCCAGAGCAGAUGAGACAGGUGCAAGGAAAAGGACAACUUCCUGGCUGUGUUGAAUUUCUGAUCCUCAGAUUGUCAUCACUGUGUGCUCUUGAUAGUGACGUCAGUCAGGAAGCUGCUGUUUUCAGUGCAUCAUCUUCAUUGUUUGACCUGUUGCCAAACAAAAGCCCACUGAUCUCUAUUAGGGUCAGAGGCUCAACAAUUUUUUUUGAGAUGUGUAAAGCAUUUUGAUUUGUGUCACACAAUGCAGACUAUUUUCCUUCUCUUAUAUGCACUGAUAAUAAAAGCACAUGGUUUCCUGA